AUGUGCAGCGCUCCAGGCGUGGCCUUGGGAUACAUCGGCCAGCCGCAGCUAACGGCGGAAAGCUUUCGGGAUGCUGGGUGCCUUCAGGCUGCUGAGGCCUUUCAGACGUCCAGGGCCUACCGGACUGGUGACUUGGUGCGCUUCGUGCCUCGGAGCCCGCGGAGCGGCUCCGAGAGCUUCGACACCGAAGUGGUCGCCUCGGAGCUGGUGUUGGAGUUCCUUGGCCGGGCGGACUUUCAGGUGAAGCUGCGUGGUCACCGGGUGGAGUUGGGCGAGAUCGAGCAGGCUUGCUGCCAAGCCAAGCUCGCCACUCCCGUGACUGCAGCAAUCGUCCUGGCUGCUUCCCGGGGGUCUUCGGAACGGCGGCUGGUUGCUUUCGUUGCGCCCCAGUCCGUCGACUCAGUCGCAUUGCGCGAAACCCUCACACAACAGCUGCCAUCGUACAUGGUGCCUGAUGCGAUUGUAACUCGUUCACAGAUGCCGCUGACAUCUAGUGGCAAAAUAGAUCGCGACCUAUUGGCGAAAUUGUUGGAAGUCGCUGAUUCAAAGAGACAGCACGCAGAUCGUCGCCAACCUGCAACAGAAAUGGAGCGACAUGUUCUGGUUUGCUUCAAGGAAGCUCUGGGAAUGCCAAGCUCCGCUCACCUGGGUGUAGACGACGACUUUUUUGAGCCGCCCACCUGCAUGUUGGAGGGAGCCGUCCCCCUCUGCUCCGGCAGGAUCGCAGAGAAAGUCGGUGAGGGCGUUCCGACGGUGCCAGAGGAUGCUCGUCAGCUGCAGGUGGAGGAUUCGGCGAGUUUCCCAGCUGAUUUAAGCUGCUUUCAGCACUGGUUGGCCUCGUGCCGCCAUUAUCGGAGACACAUCCCGCGCCUUCAUCGAGGCUGCGAGGCUCCAGCAUCUUUCGGGCAAGAGCGCUUCUGGCUCCUGGUCGGAUCCCGAGAACGCUUGCAGCCCGGGACCGGGACUUACGGCAUCCAGUUCGCGUAUCGCUUGGAGGGCCCGGGCCUGAAGAUCCCAGACCUGGCCCGGGCUUUGGAGCAGCUCACCCGCCGCCACGCGCCCCUGCGGACGGUGCUCUUCGAGGACGCCCAAAGAGGCCUCUUGCAAAAGAUCCGGCCUCCGACCGACUUGGCCGCGGACUUGGAAACGCCAGGGUUGGCUCCAUGGCUCUGGCUCCACGACCUUCGUCAAUCCGUCGAUGCGGACAAAGAAAUGCAGGGUCUGCUUGCGGCCGAUAUCUGUCAGGGCUUCGACCUGUCACAUGGGGACAGUGAUCAGGAAUGGGAGAAGCCGGACGACGAAGUUGCUUUGGCUCGUGCUACCUUGGCCCACAAUGUCCAUGCCCACGAGGAUGAGUCGGCCAAUUCGGCAUUGGCAUCCUUCACGACUUUGGAGGUGGAUGACACCAGCAUGGACUUGCGACUCCAGGAAAUGGAAGCUGCCAUGAAAAGGCUGUUGGCCAAGGGCAGUGAGAUGGUGGCGGUCACGGAGGACACCACCAUGGACACCACGGGAUCGGAGGUGCCCACCACAGGUGACUUUGUCCCUGAGGGUGCUGCUACUGAUGACCCCAUGGACAAGCCGGCGGUGCCAACCACAGGUGACUUUGUCCCUGAGGGUGCUGCGGCGGACGACCCCAUGGAUAGGCCCGAGGUGCCAACCACAGGUGACUUUGUCCCUGAGGGCGGCGACACGGUGGCCAAGGAUGAUGCCAGCAGGCCCCGGCCCUACUCGGCCCUGCCCGCCGGCGCCCUGGAGGAGAAGGUCUUCAAAAUCGAGGGCUUCCCGGACAACUUCCCCGGCAUCGGCAAGAAGAGUGCAGACUGGGCCCAGCAAUUGACAAAGGAGGAGAUCGCCUCCUUGUUCUCCGAGCUCAAGGCGGAGCAGUGGAGCCGCCCGGCUGUGGAACGAGUCCUUGAGGUGUACCAAAUCUACAAACGACAGCUGGCACAGGAGAAGAUGCUGGCCGCCCCCUACAACCGUGCUCGCAGAGGAGUGGGGCACAGCAGCAUGGGCCAACUUGACCCGGGCAGCACGGGGGCUACCCUCAUGUGCCCGAACUGCUUCUCCGACUGGCAGCGGCAGGACAACAAGGUGGAGGGGAAGUGUAAGCUCUGCCAGAAGUCGGUCAUCGCCGUGGACAAGGGCCCGCCUUCGGCAGAGAUCAAGCUAGGCCAGUCCUCCUGGCGAAUGUUUUGUGGCCCCAAGGGUGUCACGUGGCACACGGAUGCAGACGAGGCCCAGAAGGAAGCCGCCUCCGUGGACAUUGGCUCCUGGGCCCAGCCGCCACCCAGGCCCACGGAUCAGAAGGAGCUGAGCUUUGCCGACCAGGUGCCUAUGGCCCUGAGGCUUAGCUUGGCUCACACGGUGGCAACACAGCCCUUCGACGAGGUGCAGUUUGCCGACAAGGAGGCAGGGGACAGACCCCACCUCCGGGGUGAUUGGCAACCAAGCCAGGAGACGAGGGCUUUCCAUCCCCAGCUGGCGGCGGCGAUGGACAUCACCAAGAAGAGCUCGGGCCCGGUGGACAAACAGCCCAAGAAGCCCACGGAAGAGGAGUUCUUGGAUCACAUCAACCCCCAGCUGGAUGUGAUCGUGGAGAUGCAGGCGGGUGCACAGAGUGUCGAGGAGGCAAAGGGUGCGUCAAUCCUCCGGCAGCUGGAUACAGAGAAGCUUCGUUCCCUCCUUAAGCGAAAUUACCUGCAGGGCCCUGGGAACCAGGGUGACGAGUUUUUCGCUGCGCAGACUAGCCUGGAAGAGGCCAAGGCCUCGAACAAGCGCAUGCAGGAUGAGGGAUCCCAGCGCUCCCAGCUCCUUCGGCCGGUGGCGGACUCCAUUGAUGCCUGGGGCACCCAGCUGCGCGCGGCCCUGGAGAUGAACGUGUUCAACCCGGAGUGCCCACUCAAGGAUAUGGAGCUUGACGACAUCGAGGCCCUUAAGGAAAGGUACUUGAACACGAAGUUCCUGCUGAACCAGAGCAGGAAUCCGUUCCCUGCCUCUCUUCUGCAAGAGCUUCCCACUUUCCUGGACAUGCUUUUGGCUAUAUUUUAUCGUCAGGCUCCGAAGAAAAAUCGUCGGGGCUGGCAAAAUAUCGUCGGGACAUCAAAGCAACCCAAAAUAUAG